GAGGAGAAGGAGAGGAAGAGAGGAGGGGGAGAGGAAGAGGAGGAAGAGGAGGAGGAGAGCAGUAGCCACCAUGCUGUCCUCCUCAGACUCCUGCAGGAACUGCUCGGACCUGGUCCUCGGCCGUUGGACCUGGUCUACGGAGAACCUCAGCAGGAACCACUCUGACCUGCUGGUCCGGGACGAGGACCUGGCCCGGCUGGAGCUGGCCGUGCUGAGCCUGGCGCUGCUGGCGGCGGUGUUGGGGAACGCCGGCGUGCUGCUGGUCACCUGCGCCCGGCGCCGGAAGCCGUCGCGCAUGCAGCUGUUCAUGAAGCACCUGAGCCUGGCCGACCUGGCGGUGGCCUUCUUCCAGGUGCUGCCGCAGCUGUGCUGGAAGGUCACCUUCCGCUUCCGAGGGCCGGACUUCCUGUGCCGCCUGGUCAAGCACCUGCAGGUGCUGGGCAUGUACGCCUCCACCUACGUGACGGUGGCCAUGACGGCGGACCGCUACCUGGCCGUGUGCCACCCGCUGCGGGCGGUCCGCCGGCCGGCGCGCCGCGCCCGUGCCAUGAUCGGCUGGGCCUGGGCCUGCAGCCUGGCGCUCAGCUGCCCGCAGUACUUCAUCUUCUCCCUGAGCGAGGUGCGUCCCGGCUCUGCCGUCUUCGACUGCUGGGGCCACUUCGUGCAGCCGUGGGGGCCGCGCGCCUACGUCACCUGGACCGCCGCCGCCAUCUUCGUGCUGCCCGUGGCCGCGCUGCUCUUCUGCUAUGGCUUCAUCUGCCGCACCAUCUGGACCAACGUUCGACACAAGACCGGCGGGAGGAGCCUGGGCAGUGGGAGGAGCCCAGGCUGUGGGAGGAGCCCGGGCGGUGGGAGGAGCCUGACCGGCGGGAGGAGCCCGGGCCCAGCCGGCGAGAUGCUGGGCGGGAACUCCGUCAGCGGCGUCGGCACCAUGUCACGCGCCAAGCUUCGCACGGUCAAGAUGACAGCGGUGAUCGUGGCGGUGUACACGGUGUGCUGGGCGCCGUUCUUCACUGUGCAGAUGUGGUCCGUGUGGGACGAGACCUUCUCCUGGGACGACUCGGAGAGCGCCGCCGUCACCCUGUCUGCCCUGCUGGCCAGCCUCAACAGCUGCUGCAACCCCUGGAUCUACCUGGUCUUCAGCGGCCAGCUGCUCCACCGUGCCGGCGGUCUGCCUUGCUGCCGCCGCCUCCGGACCGCCUUCCGGUACCGGGACUCCGACAGCAGCUUCCGCAGGACCACCCUGCUGUCCAACCUGCAGGGCCCCCGCCCGGCCGAGCCCUCCGGGGACGUGAACCACAUCAAUGCCGAAACCCAUCCGCAGGUCCCGUCGGCCUCCUGACCCGCGUUUCAACCCCGCAGCCUCCAGGCCGAGCACCGCCAUGUGUGGCUGUCAAGACCUGGAAGUGUCCCUGUCCUCACCUGUGGUCCAGGUCAACCCUCCUGAAUGUCCUUGUCUUCAACCCUCCAUUCACCUGAAUUUUACAGCUGAUCCUGCAGGACAAGCCAUUUGACGCCCCAAAAACAGCCACAGCUACAUUCAUACAUUCAUAUGUUCAUACAUUCAUACAUUCAGACUAGUUUGUUUCACACUUUCACAUCUGAGUUUGCAGGAACCGCAGAUCCACAACCCCACUGCAUCCCCGCAUCAUUUCACUGCUGUUAUGAAGCCUGACUGCUUAAUCGAAUGUUUGUUGAUUCCAGAGGACGUCCUUGGUCCUCAGUGUGGACUUGCAGGCUCAGUUGCCUCGGUAACGGAGGACACAGGACAGUGUGUUGCUGCUGCUCACUCGCAGCCCUACAACGGCACUGAUUUGAAAAGAAAAAAGAACAUUUGUUGUUUUACAUGUGUAAAUUGUUGAUGCUGGCAUCCACACUCCAGGGGGCGCUGCAGUAUUGAGUCUGCCAAUACUUUUGCUCACUUGUGCCCAACAUGCUCAGGGUAAGCAGGGGUCAGUGGCGAUCAGGUCAGGGCCACAGUGACUUCUGAUUGGUUGGGUACGUCAGCCGCCGCCCACUGAGCCCGACUGGUGCCGAUACUGAUGAACAGCAGCGUCAGCAGCCCAGCGGGGACCUGCUGACCCCUGCUGACCCCUGCUGACCCCUGCUGACCCCUGCUGACCCCUGCUGUCUUCUGUUUGUGACUGACUGAAGUUAAAAUAAAUUCUGACGUCCUUCUGAGAUGAA